UACUCGAACCAUACUAUGAACUGGAGCCAGUCCCGGAAUUGGUGUAGAAAGCACUAUACAGACAUGGUGGCCAUUCAAAACCAUGACGAGAUCAACCACCUAAACAGUAUCCUUCCCAGAAAAUCUGGAUACUAUUGGAUUGGGAUUCGCAAGAUUAACAAUACUUGGACCUGGGUAGGAACCGACAAGCACCUGACAGCGGAGGCAGAAAACUGGGCAAAGGGGGAGCCCAAUAAUGGACGCAACAAUGAGGACUGUGUGGAAAUUUACAUCAAGAGGGGAAAGGAUGAGGGCAUGUGGAAUGAUGAGUCCUGCCAGAAAAAGAAGACUGCACUUUGCUACACAGCAUCCUGUACGAGCGAAUCCUGCAGCCCUCAUGGGGAGUGUGUUGAGACCAUCAACAGUCAUCGGUGUGAAUGUUUUGAGGGCUUUUAUGGGGACAAGUGUGAGCAUGUUAUCAAAUGUGACCAAAAGGACAUAUUUAAUCCUGAGCAAGGCAGUGUUGUCUGUGUCCAUCCUAAUGGAGAGUUCUCUUAUGAUUCCCGAUGUGAGUACUCCUGUGAAAAGGGCUACCAAUUAGUCGGCUUACAAAUGACAUGGUGUGAAGCUGUAACGUCCUGGUCCAACAAACCCCCAGUCUGUAAACUCGUCCAGUGUUCGGAGCUGGAAAUCCCACUUCAUGGGACCAUGCAGUGUGAUCAUUCAUUAGGAGACUACAGCUACCUGUCAUCCUGUCAGUUUAGCUGUGAGGAAGGCUACACACUAACAGGCUCUAGCUCCAGCCAGCUGAUUUGUGAUGAAUCAGGACACUGGAGCGACUCGCAGCCCAUCUGUGAAGCGGUUCGUUGUUCUGCACCUAAGGAGCCAGUGAAUGGAAGGAUGAGCUGUAGUGGUGAUAAGUUCAGUUAUGAGAGCAUGUGCAGCUUCAGCUGUGAUGCUGGGUUCCGUCUUCAGGGUGCAACAGAAAUUACCUGCACUAAAACUGCAGAGUGGAGCCAGGAAACACCUUAUUGUGAGGUCGUCCAGUGUUCUGAGCUGGAAAUCCCACUUCAUGGGACCAUGCAGUGUGAUCAUUCAUUAGGAGACUACAGCUACCUGUCCUCCUGUGAAUUUAGCUGUGAGGAAGGCUACACACUAACAGGCUCCAGCCAGCUGAUUUGUGACGAAUCAGGACACUGGAGCGACUCGCAGCCCAUCUGUGAAGCGGUUCGUUGUUCUGCACCUAAGGAGCCAGUGAAUGGAAGGAUGAGCUGUAGUGGUGAUAAGUUCAGUUAUGAGAGCGUGUGCAGCUUCAGCUGUGAUGCUGGGUUCCGUCUUCAGGGUGCAACAGAAAUGACCUGCAACAAAACAGCAGAGUGGAGCCAGGAAACACCUUAUUGUGAGGCUAUCAGGUGCAAUUUGCCAGAACAGCACGCUCACCUCAACUCUGAGUGCACCAGGGGAUUAGAUGACCUCACAGUCAACUCAUCUUGCAGCUUCAGCUGUGAAGAAGGGUUUAAGCUUCAGGGGGCUACAAGGGUACAGUGCACAGAGACAGAAGAAUGGAGCACAGCCGUCCCCAGCUGCACAGCAGUGACAUGCCCAUACCUUGAGGAACCAGAAAAAGGCUUCAUCAACUGUUCCUCAGAAGAAGCUGUCUUUAGCACUUCAUGUUCCUUCAGCUGUCAUAAUGGCUACCAGCUACAUGGUUACGAAACACUAACAUGCAACCUUAAUGGUAACUGGUCCGGAGAGGUGCCUACAUGCAAAGUUGUUUCUAGCUCUUUGAGUCCGUCCUUGAUAAGUAAAUUAACAGUGGCUGCUGGAGGCACUGCUGCUUUUUCCAGCCUUGCUAUGGUUUUGUGGAUUCUAAAGAAACUCAGACAGCGGAAAGCUAACCAAUUUGAUAUCAGUAGCUCGGACAUUGAAGUUCCACACCAGGUAUAUAAGACCAGCACAGACAGUCUAAUAUAGGCCUACAAGACUGGAAACUAUGGCUCUACCAAACCUGCACAUUACCGACACUACUGUACCAGUUUUUAAGUAAAUAAAUGUGAUCAUAGAUGAGCAAAUGAAAUGAGGUUGAUCCUCUGCCAUCAGUACUAUGUAUUAUUUAAUGGAUUUUUUUCUGGACAUUUCUAAUUAUUUAUCCUAUUGCCUUCUUCCCAAUGGAAGCAGUUAUUAUUAAUUUAUUGAACAUAUUGCUCUGUGCUUUUUAAAGUGAAAGUUUUUCACUUUACGGUGAUC